AUGAAACUAAAAAAACGGGAGCGUAAACCAAAGGGGCCGGCGACCCCGCAGGAUCCGCGGCACGCGGACGCGUCGCUCAGCGCCCUGGUGCGCAUCGUGUCAGAGUUGCGCCGCGCGCCGCUCGGCAGGCCGCCACCAGGCGCGGCGACAGUGGCGCGACACGACGGGUCGACCCUGACGCGGCUGCUGCGGCCUGCGCUCUCGCCCGAGGCGCGCGUAGCCCUGGUGUGCUGCAUCGACCCAUCCGAGGCGCACGCAGAGGAGGCUCUCGAUGUGCUCGGCUUUGCAUCGCCGGCGUGA